AUGGCUUUUCUGCCGCUCAUGCGUCUCAUUGGAGCGCUAUGGUUCCUCUGUGCUUCCGCCGUGGCGUCGCCGGAUAUUGAUAAUCUCUACCGCUCGGCCAAGUACGCCCAUGGCUUCAGGGGCGCGUUUCCGCUCCAGCGAUACCUCUCCGCCGACGUGUCGGGGCCGAUUCUCAACUACUGGCGCCGGAGCAAGAUAUGUGAGGAUGGCAAGUAUACCAUCCUUGCACCGCGGGGCGACUCGAUCCGACACCCGGGCCCGAUGAUUCUUGACCAGGAGGGGCAUCUCGUCUGGUUCAAGGAACUUCAUACCACGUAUAAUGCUAACGUAUAUACGUACAAGGGGGAGCGGUAUCUGACAUUUUGGGUGGGCGAUGACUCGAUCCGAGGCCACGGAGAUGGGAUAUACUACAUGUUAAACUCCCACUACGAAGAAGUCUACAAGAUCAAAGGUGCCAGCGGUCUGCCAGCCGACUUGCAUGAAUUCCAGAUCACUCACGACGAUACGGCCGUGUUUGCCGUCUACGAAACUCGCCCAAUGGAUCUCCGCGAGGUCGGAGGACCCGAGGAGGGAUGGAUCUACGAUGGUGUCUUCCAGGAAGUCGACGUGGAAACCAACGAAUUGCUCUUCCAAUGGCGGGCCUCGGAGCAUUUCUCAUUCAACGAGAUUGAGCGCGGCCGUGAAGGCAACGGCGAGAGCCAUGAUACGCCCUGGGAUUUCUUCCACCUCAACAGCGUAGACAAGGACUGGCGUGGCAACUUUUUGAUUUCGUCGCGGUACAUGAGCUGUCUGGCCUAUAUCGACGGCAAAACCGGCGAUGUCAUCUGGAAACUCGGAGGCAAGCAGAAUUCCUUCAAGGACCUGAGCGACGGUGCCGCGACCAAUAUUAGUUGGCAGCAUCAUGCCCGAUUCCAUGUGGAGUACGACACAAAUACCACGCGAGCCAUCUCGAUCUUCGACAAUGCUUCCCGAGGAGUGGGCGCACCGGAGAACCCCAGCCGAGGGUUGUUCAUAAUGAUCAACGAGGAGGAAAUGACCGUCUCCGUGCUCCAGGAGUUCUGGAAUCCCCAGAUGAUCAGCAGUCAAUCGCAGGGCUCCGUGCAGGUGCUUGAGAAUGGCAAUGUCCUGGUGGGAUAUGGAUACGACGCGGCCUGGACCGAGUUCUCGGCAGACGGAGAGGCACUUUGCGAAGUGAAUUUUGGGCCCCAAAAUGGCUUCGGUAAGGGACAUACGAUUUCUUAUCGCGUCUUCAAACAGGACUGGGUCGGCUUGCCUCUGACGAAGCCCAGUGUCGCACUGUCUGACACCGCGGCUGCCGUAAGCUGGCUGGGAGCUACAGAGGUAGCCACUUGGGUGUUACAAGGGUCGCUCGCUCCCGAGACCGACGACGAGACCGAGGAAGACAUCGGGAAUAUUACUUCUUGGAGCGAACAAGGUCCCAGUGACGGGAAAGGGAAGCAUAUAUCCGAUCGACGGAUUGCGAACCCCGAUGCUGCAGACGAGGGGUAUGAAUUCAUCUCGGCCGUCCCCAAGACCGGCUUUGAAACCAGCAUUUCCAUCCCGCCGGAUGCCCUCUAUACCCGGCUGCGGAUUGUCGCGCUGGAUAAGACGGGUGGCUUCCUCGGCGCAACCAAGUCCUUGCCCUGGCAACCAGAGAACAUGGGUGUCGAGCUCGGGGUAUUUGAAGGCGAAGUCGAUGAAUUCUCCCAGGCCCAUAUUGCAUCCCCAUUAAUGUUUGGGUUGGGCUUUUUGUCCGCCACCGCGAUUGUUGUGGGAGCUUGGCUCGUAUGCAGGUUCCUGGUCCGCGGCGCCUGGCGACGAAUCCUCACUCUUCGGCCGAGUCUUACAAAUGAAGAACAAAUAUGGCAAGCUGUUGCUUCUGGGGAUGAGCUGGAGGAGCUCGAUGACUUGGAGAACUUGAGUGACUUGGAAACCGGUGAUCGGGUCGGAGAUUCUUUGCUGAAACAACCCGAGGAAUGA